GCUGUCACUAGGCCCUUCGGCUCUCGGCCUUCGCGUAGCUCCCUCUCUGGCCAGGAGAGCGGCGCCGGCGGGAAGCGUCUGAGCCCACGGCAGGUAUUGAACUCAGGUCCUUACGUUUGCGAAGCAGGCCACCGAACCGAUGAGCUAAAUCCCAGGCCCUGAAGUGUUAUCUUGAUGAGCAUUUCUCUGAUAAGUAAUGACGUUGCAUGACUUUGGAACUGGUCUCUAAUAGGACACUGUGGGAGGAUGAACACAGAAGAGCUGGAGUUAUUGAGUGACUCCAAGUACAGAAACUAUGUAGCUGCAAUUGAUAAAGCACUAAAGAAUUUUGAGUACUCCAGUGAAUGGGCAGAUUUGAUAUCAGCACUUGGAAAACUUAACAAGGUUCUACAAAAUAAUGCGAAGUACCAGGUAGUACCCAAAAAACUGACCAUAGGCAAACGCCUAGCUCAAUGUCUACAUCCAGCGUUACCAGGUGGUGUUCAUCGGAAGGCACUUGAAACUUAUGAAAUUAUCUUCAAAAUCAUUGGACCUAAGCGACUUGCCAAAGAUCUUUUUUUAUAUAGUUCUGGAUUAUUUCCUCUUCUUGCAAAUGCUGCCAUGUCUGUGAAACCAACACUACUCGGUUUAUAUGAAAUAUAUUACUUGCCUUUGGGUAAAACACUGAAGCCUGGUCUACAAGGAUUGCUAACUGGCAUUCUCCCUGGCUUAGAAGAAGGAUCAGAAUACUAUGAGAGAACAAAUACAUUGUUGGAAAAGGUUGCUGCUGCAGUGGACCAGUCAGCGUUCUAUAGUGCCCUCUGGGGUAGUCUUCUUACCAGUCCUGCUGUUCGUCUGCCUGGAAUCACAUAUGUUCUUGCCCAUUUGAAUAGGAAGCUUUCUAUGGAAGAUCAGCUUUAUAUAAUCGGCAGUGAUAUUGAGCUAAUGGUAGAAGCAGUAAGUACCUCAGUGCAGGACUCAAGUGUACUUGUACAGAGAAGCACACUGGACCUCAUACUCUUCUGUUUUCCAUUCCACAUGAGUCAGGCCACUCGAUCAGACAUGAUCAGGAUAUUGUCAGCAGCUCUUCAUGUAGUUCUAAGGAGGGAUAUGUCCCUGAACCGAAGACUUUAUGCAUGGCUUCUUGGUUUUGAUAACAACGGUACUAUCGUAGGACCCAGAAGUACAAGACACAGUAAUCCUGAAGAACAUGCCACUUACUAUUUCACUACCUUUUCAAAAGAAUUGUUGGUGCAGGCAAUGGUGGGAAUCUUACAAGUGAAUGGAUUUGGAGAAGAGAGCACUCUAAUGCAAGAUCUAAAACCUUUUCGUAUUUUAAUCAGUUUGCUGGACAAACCUGAGCUAGGACCUGUAAUUCUGGAAGACGUACUGAUUGAGGUAUUUAAAACAUUGUAUUCUCAAUGCAAAGCAGAAUUAGAUCUUCAAGUGGAACCACCCUUCAGCAAGGACCAUGCUCAAUUAAGCAGUAAACUAAGGGAAAAUAAGAAAACAGCUGAGCUGAUUAAAACUGCCAACCUUCUCUUUAAUUCGUUUGAACCUUAUUAUAUGUGGGAUUAUGUUGCACGCUGGUUUGAAGAAUGUUGUAGGAGAACACUGCAUGCCAGACUUCAGAUUGGGCCUGGAGAUAGUCGUGAGUCAUCUGAAUUACAGCUGACCAAUUUCUGCUUACUGGUGGAUUUUUUGUUGGAUAUAGUUUCUUUGCCUACUAGAAGUAUGAGGGUGCUGUGUCAGGAGACUUAUAUUGAAAUCCAAACAGAACACUUGCCCCAAUUGCUGCUCAGGAUGAUUUCUGCUCUCACAAGCCAUCUCCAGACAUUGCGCUCAUCUGAGCUCACAGAUUCACUCAGGCUCUGCUCAAAGAUCCUUAGCAAGGUUCAACCUCCUCUGCUAUCUGCUGGUACUGGAGGCAUGUUGCAAUUUCCAAGUGGGCAGAACAACACAGUCAAGGAAUGGGAAGACAAAAAGGUAGCAUCAGUUUCUCUGGAAAAUCCUACUGAUGUGUUUGAAGAUGGAGAAAACCCACCAAGUAGUCAAUCAUCAGAAAGUGGCUUCACUGAGUUUAUACAGUAUCAAGCAGACCGAACUGAUGACAUUGACAGAGAAAUGAAUGAAGGGCAGGGGGCAACUGCCAUCCCAAUUGGUAGCACGUCCUCUGAGACAGAAACAGCAUCUACUGUGGGAUCUGAGGAAACCAUUGUCCAGCCCCCUUCCACGUUCACACAGGGGACAGCAACCCGAAGUGGGAAGACAGCCCAAAAGACUGCAAUGCAGUGCUGCUUGGAGUAUGUUCAACAGUUUCUUACCCGACUCAUCAACCUCUAUAUCGUUCAGAGUAACUCUUUUUCUCAUGCAUUGGCUACAGAGCAUCAAGGGGAUCUCAGUCCAAUGCAAGGAGGCACUUCAAAAUGGGACAGGGAUUCACAAGGAGAUGUAAAAGAGAGUAACAUAUGUAAACAAAAAACUUCAAAAGAAUACCUUUCUGCCUUCCUUGCUGCCUGCCAGCUCUUCCUAGAGUGCUCAAGUUUCCCAGUUUAUAUUGCUGAGGGGAACCAUACAUCAGAAUUAAGUUCUGAAAAAGUAGAGAGUGACUGUGAGCAUGUACAGCCUCCACAGUGGCUCCAGACUCUGAUGAAUGCUUGCAGCCAAGCAAGUGAUUUCAGUGUUCAGAGUGUUGCUGUUUCAUUAGUCAUGGACCUCGUGGGACUGACUCAAUCUGUGGCCAUGGUCACUGGGGAGAACAUUAAUAGCAUGGAGUCUGCACAACCGUUAAGUCCAAACCAGGGAAGAGUUGCCGUGGUUAUUAGACCCCCCCUCACUCAAGGCAAUCUGAGAUACAUAGCUGAGAAGACUGAAUUUUUUAAGCAUGUAGCUUUGACUUUGUGGGACCAACUAGGAGAUGGGACACCUCAGCACCACCAGAAGAGUGUGGAACUAUUUUAUCAAUUACAUAACUUAGUCCCUUCUUCUAGCAUCUGUGAAGAUGUUAUAAGUCAGCAGCUAACACAUAAAGACAAGAAAAUAAGAAUGGAAGCACAUGCAAAGUUUGCAGUUCUUUGGCAUCUAACAAGGGAUCUCCACAUAAAUAAGUCAUCUUUUGCACGCUCUUUUGACAGCUCAAGAGUACCCAAGUGUCCCUUCCUUUCAUUGGAGCAUGAUUCAUCGUCCCUACUAUGUACCAGGUCGUUAUUCAUCAUGUUGGAUAGCCUUAACAGUCUCGAUGGUUCUACUAGCUCUAUGGGUCAAGCCUGGCUGAACCAAGUCCUUCAAAGGCAUGAUAUCGCAAGAGUUUUAGAACCAUUGCUAUUGCUCUUGCUUCAUCCAAAAACUCAGAGAGUUUCAGUGCAGCGUGUACAAGCAGAACGUUACUGGAAUAAGAUUCCCUGUUAUCCAGGAGAGGAGAGUGAUAAGCAUUUCAUGCAAAAUUUUGCCUGCAGCAAUGUAAAUCAACUGCAGCUCAUUACAUCAAAAGGAAAUGGUGAAAAGCCACUUACCAUGGAUGAAAUAGAGAACUUCAGUCUCACUGUUAAUCCAUUGAGUGAUAGACUUUCCCUCCUAAGUACCAGCAGUGAAACAAUUCCAAUGGUUUUUUCUGAUUUUGAUCUUCCAGACCAACAAAUAGAAAUUCUUCAGAGUUCUGACUCUGGAUGUUCACAGUCCUCUGCUGGGGACAACUUGAGUUAUGAAAUUGAUCCUGAAAAUGUGAAUGCCCAGGAGGACUCUCACAUGCCAAAAGCAAGGUCCCCAGAUGAUGAUGUUCAACAGGUAGUGUUUGACCUGAUAUGUAAAGUUGUAAGCGACCUUGAAGCAGAAUCUGCAUCAAUUACAUCUGAAUUAGAAGUUGAAAUUCUGCCUCCAAACGGUGGUGAUUUAUAUCUAAAUGAAGAGGCAAUUAAAAAUGAAGAUCAGUCCACUCAGCAAAGCCAAAGUUCUUUGCUAAGUAAUGACAGUCCUCAAUUUCUGUCUGUGUCUGCAGAGGAAUGCCAUGAGUAUUUCUUGGCAAAUGGAAUUUCCAGAAAUAGCUCUUCACCUUGUAUUACAGGAAGCACACAGACUCUCCAGGAUUCUUCUGUUGCCUCCACAGAAACCAAAUCUAGACAAAGGAGUCACAGUAGUAUUCAGUUGAGCUUCAAAGAAAAGUUAUCAGAAAAGGUCUCAGAGAAAGAAACAAUUGUUAAGGAAUCAGGUAAACAACCAGGAGCAAAACCGAAAGUAAAACUUGCCAGGAAAAAGGAUGAUGACAAGAAAAAACCAUCAAAUGAAAAACUAAAACAAACCAGUGUAUUCUUCAGUGAUGGUCUGGAUUUAGAGAAUUGGUACAGCUGUGGAGAAGGAGAAAUUUCUGAAAUUGAAAGUGACUUGGGCUCUCCAGGAUCACGGAAAUCUCCCAAUUUCAAUAUCCAUCCUCUUUAUCAACAUGUGCUCCUAUAUCUCCAGUUGUACGAUUCAUCAAGGACUCUAUAUGCUUUCUCUGCCAUCAAAGCCAUCUUAAAAACUAACCCUAUUGCUUUUGUAAAUGCCAUUUCAACCACUAGUGUAAAUAAUGUGUAUACACCUCAGUUGUCUCUGCUUCAGAAUCUAUUGGCCAGACACCGGAUCUCUGUUAUGGGCAAAGACUUUUAUAGUCACAUUCCACUGGACUCCAAUCAUAACUUUCGGAGUUCUAUGUAUAUAGAAAUUCUUAUUUCCCUCUGUUUAUAUUACGUGCGUAGCCAUUAUCCAACUCAUGUCAAGGUCACUGCCCAGGAUUUAAUAGGCAAUCGAAACAUGCAGAUGAUGAGCAUAGAAAUUUUGACUCUCCUCUUUACUGAGCUGGCAAAAGUAAUCGAAAACUCCACAAAAGGUUUCCCAAGUUUUAUCUCUGAUAUGUUAUCAAAAUGCAAAGUUCAGAAAGUGAUUCUUCAUUGUUUGCUGUCAUCUAUCUUCAGUGCACAAAAAUGGCAUACUGAAAAAAUGGCAGGUAAGAACUUGGUUGCUGUGGAGGAAGGCUUCUCAGAGGACAGCCUUAUCAAUUUCUCAGAAGAUGAAUUCGACAAUGGCAGCACACUUCAGUCACAACUACUUAGGGUGCUUCAGAGGCUGAUUGUUCUAGAACAUCGAGUAAUGACCAUUCCCGAAGAGAAUGAAACAGGUUUUGAUUUUGUUGUAACUGACCUGGAACACAUCAGUCCCCAUCAACCCAUGACUUCUCUUCAGUAUUUGCAGGCUCAGCCAAUUACAUGUCAAGGCAUGUUCCUCUGUGCAGUGAUACGAGCUUUGCAUCAACACUGUGUGUGUAAGAUGCACCCACAGUGGAUUGGUUUAAUCACAUCUACUCUGCCUUACAUGGGAAAAGUCCUACAGAGAGUGGUUGUCUCUGUGACACUACAACUGUGCAGAAAUUUGGACAAUCUUAUUCAGCAGUACAAAUAUGAAACAGGAUUAUCUGAUAGUAGGCCUCUGUGGAUGGCGUCAAUCAUUCCACCAGAUAUGAUUCUUACUCUCUUGGAAGGGAUCACAGCCAUUAUCCAUUACUGUUUGUUAGAUCCAACUACACAGUAUCACCAACUUUUCGUCAAUGUAGACCAAAAACACUUGUUUAAAGCGCGCAGUGGAAUACUCUCAAUCCUUCACAUGAUCAUGUCCUCUGUGACAUUGCUUUGGAGUAUACUGCAUCAGGCUGAUGCUUCAGAAAAGAUGACUGUUGCCGCAUCUGCAUCUGUUACCACUAUUAACCUUGGAGCUACAAAGAACUUGAGACAACAGAUCCUUGAAUUAUUGGGUCCUAUUUCAAUGAAUCAUGGUGUUCACUUUAUGGCUGCCAUUGCAUUUGUAUGGAAUGAAAGAAGACAGAACAAAACCACUAUCCGAACCAAGCAUGUUAUCCAGGUUAUUCCCGCUGCCAGUGAAGAACAGCUUUUGCUAGUGGAACUAGUUCGUUCAAUCAGUGUCAUGAGAGCAGAAACUGUUAUCCAGACUGUGAAAGAAGUUGUAAAGCAGCCUCCAGCCAUAGCCAAGGACAAGAAACAUCUUUCUUUGGAAGUCUGCAUGCUUCAGUUUUUCUAUGCUUAUAUUCAGAGAAUUCCAGUGCCCAGUUUAGUAGAUAGCUGGGCAUCACUGUUGAUACUUCUAAAAGACUCUAUUCAACUGAGUCUUCCUGCCCCUGGACAGUUUCUUAUACUUGGGGUUCUGAAUGAGUUUAUUAUGAAAAACCCUAGUCUGGAAAAUAAAAAAGACCAAAGAGACCUUCAGGAUGUGACUCAUAAAAUAGUGGAUGCUAUUGGUGCAAUUGCUGGUUCUUCUCUGGAACAAACAACAUGGCUGAGACGAAACCUAGAAGUUAAGCCUUCUCCAAAAAUAAUGGUAGAUGGAACCAAUUUGGAAUCUGAUGUUGAAGAUAUGUUAUCCCCUGCAAUGGAAACCUCAAACAUAACUCCCUCUGUAUAUAGUGUCCAUGCAUUGACAUUACUCUCUGAGAUUUUGGCUCACCUUUUGGAUAUGGUUUUCUAUAGUGAUGAAAAGGAGCGAGUUAUUCCUUUACUUGUAAAUAUUAUGCAUUAUGUUGUGCCCUACCUCCGAAAUCACAGUGCACACAAUGCCCCUAGUUACCGUGCCUGUGUCCAGUUGCUCAGCAGUCUCAGUGGAUAUCAGUACACACGGAGAGCCUGGAAAAAAGAAGCCUUUGACCUCUUUAUGGAUCCCAGUUUCUUUCAGAUGGAUGCCUUUUGUGUUAAUCAUUGGAGAGCUAUUAUGGACAAUCUGAUGACCCAUGAUAAGACAACAUUUAGAGAUUUGAUGACUCGAGUUGCUGUGGCUCAAAGCAGUUCACUGAAUCUCUUUGCAAACAGAGAUGUGGAGCUGGAACAGAGAGCCAUGCUUCUCAAAAGAUUGGCCUUUGCUAUCUUUAGCAGUGAAAUUGACCAAUACCAGAAAUAUCUUCCUGAUAUACAAGAGAGAUUGGUUGAAAGCCUCCGUUUGCCCCAGGUGCCAACUCUUCACUCUCAAGUGUUCCUGUUUUUCAGAGUGUUACUUUUAAGAAUGUCUCCACAACAUCUUACCUCACUCUGGCCUACCAUGAUCACAGAACUUGUACAGGUAUUUUUGUUGAUGGAGCAGGAACUCACUGCUGAUGAAGAUAUUUCACGGACUUCGGGCCCCUCUGUAGCUGGUCUGGAGACCACCUAUACAGGAGGCAAUGGCUUUUCCACUUCAUAUAACAGCCAGCGGUGGUUAAACCUCUAUCUCUCUGCUUGCAAAUUUUUGGAUUUGGCUCUGGCACUGCCCUCUGAAAAUCUUCCCCAGUUUCAGAUGUACCGAUGGGCCUUUAUUCCAGAAGCCUCAGAUGAUUCAGGUUUGGAAGUCAGGAGGCAGGGCAUACAUCAACGAGAAUUUAAACCUUACGUGGUACGACUAGCAAAACUUCUCCGGAAAAGGGCAAAGGACGAGGAGGACUUUAAGACAGUGAUUUUGGAGGGAUUGGAGAUGGCCAAGCAUCAGAAAAAUCCAGAGGAAGACAACUCAGGGAGAACAUUGGGUUGGGAGCCAGGGCACUUGCUGCUCACCAUCUGUACCGUACGCAGUAUGGAACAGCUCCUGCCAUUCUUCAAUGUCCUCAGCCAGGUCUUCAACAGCAAAGUCACCAGUCGGUGUGGAGGACACUCAGGGAGCCCUAUCCUUUACUCAAACAGCUUCCCUAAUAAGGAUGUGAAACUGGAGAACCACAAACCAUUUUCCAGCAAAGCCAGGCAAAAAAUAGAAGAGAUGGUAGAAAAGGAUUUUCUGGAAGGGGUGAUAAAAACUUGAAUAUCGCCAGUGGUUUCAUUG